AUAAUUUGUCAUCAUCAAAAAAUAAACAUUCAGAGAAAGUUUUGGAGAAAAUUCUUUAAUUUCCUAAUCAAAUAAAACAAUUUAAAGAGAUUUUCCGUGAAAAUUGCAAUAAAAUGGACUUUGUUGUGAAAUAAAAACACACCUGGCUUUGCAAGAAAAGGAAGAAAUGAUUGAGACGUGUCCUCGUCGUCGGAUGAUCACUGGGAUAUCCUUCCUGGUUAUAUUGACGACAUUGGUGUUAAUAAUUGAAUCCCGAUGGACAGGAUCCCCGAAACCGAAACAUUUUGUCAUUGAGAACAAUUCCACCUGCUGGAUGAAGGAGGAAUACGAGAUAAUUCAAGAUUGCCAUCCCUGCUCAGCUUUUGAGAUUGCCAGCAAAAUCAAAGGAGUCUGCAUUCAUACUCACAACAAGGAAGUCUUGAGGUGCAAGAGUGGAGAAACAGUGUCCCGAAGCUGCGAUAAAGUCGCAUGGAUGGAUAAGAGAAACUUCUGGACAUUUGAGAGUAUCCUUUGUGUCGUUGGUAUCCUCUCAACUCUCGUGUCUUUUUACCGGCAGAAACUCCUGGAUAAAAAGGUAAUGAUGAGAAUUCAGAGGCAGCUGCAUCAGUCAGUUUGAUUCUUAAGCAAAUCCCUCUCAGGACCAAAGCUCUGUGGGAAUUUUCCCAAAUCCUGACAGAAGCUACACAAAUCUCAAACUCGACUGAAUGCAGACUUCCCAAAACAAAUGAUUUUGUAAUUCUUUUUUAAAGAUGUGUGAUCUGUAAAUAUAUUAAUACGCAUUUAGUCAUAAAA